UCCCUCCAUCAAUUGUUUCUUUCAUAAGAGAAAAGAAGGGAAAAACCCUACUCUCCCUUGCUCUGCAUCUCUGCAACUGUAAAGUCUCAAACUCAUGGCGACGGCUUCACAUGCUCGAGCUGUGAAGUCUCUCAACAAGUCCUCUGGUCGAGGACGUUUUGUCUUCAAGUCAUUCUCCGAGAGAGUAGAUGAGAUUGAUAUCAAUGUAUAUCGAAGUCUCGAGAAGGUCAAAGCCGAGCCAUCUGAGGGUUCUUCAUUUUUUAGAGACUGCCUUAUAGAAUGGAGGGAGUUGAACACUGCCGAAGAUUUUAUCUCAUUUUAUGAAGAAAUGAUGCCUUAUACACAAACAUUGCCCCUUGUGCUGUUGCACAAGGAAUCUUUAAUCUCAAAGCUUCUUUCGAGGUUGCACAUUAAAGCAAGGCUAUCCCUUGAUGCAAUUCUCAGGUUAAUUGCUGCUUUAUCCAGGGAUCUCCUUGAGGAGUUUGUUCCGCUAUUGCCGAGAAUUGUUGAUUCUUUAGUAUCUCUUCUUGAGAAUGGUGGUGACAAGGAGCCAGAUAUCAUUGAGCAGAUAUUCAUGUCAUGGUCUUACAUCAUGAUGUAUCUGCAAAAAUAUCUAGUACGCAACCCAUCAGAGGUGCUCAAGGUCACGUCAAAACUAAGGUAUUAUCCUAACAAAUAUGUCCGACAAUUCAUGGCAGAAGCUAUGUCAUUUGUUUUAAGGAAUGCCCCAGACGAGCAGCUGGAAAGAGGAAUCAGGAGAGUGAUUGAUGAUGCUGUGAAGAAGCCAUCACCGUGUAGAGAAUCAGGUGCUGAGGCACUGCUCUUUAAUAUUAUGAAAGGUUACACAUCCAGGUUCCAUUCAAAAGCAGAGCGAGUGUUACAAUUGUUGACCAGCGAAGCAAUUUAUGCUGUGGGUGAUAAAGUUAGCCAAGAUUCAAUGGCCAUUGUGAAAAUUGUUAAAUCUGUCUUCAAGAAACUAUGUGAAACGAUGGAGUCUAAGGAGCUGAAUUUGGUAUGGAAUUGUUUAUAUAAGGAAGCAGAUGGAUGUCUUAAUACUGGAAAUAUUAGGCACUUGCAAUAUAUUUUAUCAGUACUUGUGUCAGCUAUAAAGAUGCAAAAUGGUAAAAAAGUGCCUGAUUAUAAGCCUGUCUUGAAACUAGCUUUGCGGCUUGUGCAGACAUUUACCAAACCUUGUGGAGUUAUUGAUUCACAAGAUAUGAAUUUAGUUGUUCAUAGAAUUUUGAAAUUAAUGCUGGCCAUUCUCAAAGGACUCUGUAAUUGCAAUACCUCAAUGAUACCAGAGUGUGCCCUCCAGUGGGCUCCAAUUUUUAGAUCUGGAAGCUCAAGUUUGCUGUGUUUCAUUAGAAAACUGCUGCAAGAGGAUCUUUGUUUAUUUCAUUUCAGGAGUAAUGUUAUAAGUGCAAUGAAUGGUUUGAUGGAGAUUUCAGAGGAAGAGGUCAUACAUUUGUUACAGUCUUUCUGUGAGAAAAUGCAAUUAGACAAACGUGACUUAGUCGAUGGAACAAGUGAAGAAGAACCGCUGGCUAGAAUUUGCAGUCGUUUGCAAGAGAUAAUCAGCUGUUGGAAGGAAAAAAUAAACGAUAUUGCUCGUGCUGAUGUAUUAUGUGAAAUUGAUGAAGGAAUGUUGGCACAUUUGUGGGGAGCGGUGAGCUGCUAUUCUCAUAUGUCUAUUGUAGGUGGCAAUCCAUCCUUGAUGGUGGAACUCAUGGAGGCUCUAGAUCAUCUUUUGACUGCUAAAGCUGGUUACAUUGGAGAUAUGUCUAAAAGGGCCUUGGAAAGCAUUAUAGGUGCAGCAUUAAGUUCUUACAACAGAUUGUGCAACCACACUUUCUGUGGAGCUGAUGAAACUGGGAAGUUUUUAAGUCUUGCAAAACGAUAUAAAUUGUCUCCACCAGUGUUGUUGGCUGUUGCUGAUUAUUUGGAAUUCAAGUACGGUUUUUCAUUGGAAAACAAUGGGUGUAGAAUUUAUCAUCCAGAGCUCGAAGGAAAGACAGCAGAUGCAGUGGCAAUUUUUUCUGAUAAUUUGCAUCACUCUGACAAGGAGAUUCGCAUUUCAACUAUAAAAAUACUACGCCACUAUAAACCUAUAGUUUGGGAAAGUUCUUCAGUGGAUGAGGCAGCUGAUAUGAAAAAUAAAACUGAAGUUUCUCCAACUUCCAAUGCUGAUUUCACAGAAAAUAAUGCUCUGCUGUUGCUCCUUUCUCUUGAAACAACUCCUAUUUCAAUUUCUACAAGCAGAAGCGUUCAGCUAUUGAUUUCCAAGAUUCAGAUGGAACUAUCUGCUGGAAGGAUUCCUAAUGUUUACGUGCCUCUGGUUUUGAAUGGAUUGCUGGGCGUCUUGAAUAAUCGAUUUAGAUACCUAUGGGAUCCUGUAUUAGAAUGUAUUGCUGUCUUGAUUAGUAUACAUCUUACACAUGUAUGGGAUAGUCUUGUUGAUUAUAUAGAAAGGUGUCAAGCAAUAUUUCUUACCCCUUGUAACUUACACGCGAGUGACAAUGGUGCUUUAUUUGGUCGUCCAACUGGUCUACUUGAUUGUUUCAAAUCUUUUGUCUGUCAUGCAUCUGAUAGCACACCAACUGUAACAAUAUUAGAACUAUUACUGCAAGCUUUGCAAAAAAUUCCAGCUGUUAUUGAAUCUCGCUCUCGGCAAUUUAUUCCUUUAUUUUUGAAAUUUUUGGGCUACAACACUCUUGAUCUUGCAAGCGUGGGAUUGUUUGAUUCUGUUUCUUGUGAAGGGAAAGAGUGGAAGACCAUCUUGAAAGAAUGGUUAAAUUUGUUGAAGCUAAUGAAAAAUCCUAAGUCAUUUUACUGUAGCCAGUUUCUUAAGGAGGUUCUGCAGAAUAGGCUUUUAGAAGAAAAUGAUCCUGAAAUACAGAUGCGAGUUUUGGAUUGCUUGUUAAUCUGGAAGGAUGAUUACAUUUUACCAUAUAUUGAGCAUUUAAGAAGCUUGAUUAAUUCCAAAAAUUUAAGGGAGGAACUGACAACAUGGAGUUUGUCGAGAGAAUCUGAAUAUAUUGAAGAAUGCCACCGAUCUUAUCUUGUGCCAUUAGUUAUCCGUCUUUUGAUGCCAAGAGUAAGAAAGUUGAAAGGACUUGCAUCUCGAAAGAAAGCGAGCAUUUGUCACCGGAAAGCUAUUCUGAGUUUCGUAGCUGGAGUUGAUGUCAUUGAGUUGCCUCUUUUCUUUGUGCUACUGAUAAAGCCCUUGCGAAUAGUGAAGAAAACAGAUGGGCCUGCUAAUUUGUUUUGGACUUUACCUACAGGUUCUAUUAACGAAUUUCAAGAUGCUGCUUUGUUGGAAUAUUUCACUUUCGACAAUAUAGCAAAUCUAUCAUGGAAAAAGAAAUAUGGUUUUUUGCACGUUAUUGAAGACAUUGUUGCGGUUUUUGAUGAAUUGCAUAUUAGGCCCUUUCUUGAUCUUCUAGUGGGUUGUGUUGUCCGGUUAUUAGAGAGCUGCACUUUAAGUCUUAGUGCAAAUUUGAACAGGCUUCCUUCAGAUCAGCAUAAUUGUAGCCCUAAUUCAAACUCUAUUGGGGAGGACAGUGUGCCAACAGACCAAAUCCAGAUCAGUGGUAAUUUGAAUCAGCUGAAGGAUAUGAGAUCUCUAUGCCUGAAAAUUAUUUCUCUUGUACUCAAUAAGUACGAAGAUCAUGAAUUUUGUUCUGAUUGGUGGGACAAAUUCUUUUCUGCAGUAAAACCACUUAUUGAGAAAUUUAAACAGGAGACUGCUAGUAGUGAGAAACCAAGUUCACUGUUAUCUUGCUUUACGGCAAUGAGUGGAAACAAUAAACUUGUAGCACUAUUAUGCUGGAAAGAAAGUCUUGUACCGGAUAUAUUUUCCAUUAUUUCUGUCAAUUCGGCUUCUGAAACUGUUAUAUAUUGUGUUUUAAAGUUUGUUGAAAACUUGUUAAACCUUGACCAUCAGUUUAAUGGUGAAGACAACGCUGCUCAAACAGUUUUACUUUCAAAUAUAGAAGUACUGAUGGACAGCAUGUGCUGUUUAUUUGGAAGAGAUAAUGCAAUCAAGAGAAAGCUGAUCAAAUCUCCUGGGGAGACGGUCAUAAGAAUUUUCAAAUUUUUACCCAAGUACAUCAGAGAUACAAAGUUGGCAAAGCAAUUUGUGGAGAUAUUGCUGCUGUUUAUGGAAAAGAAAACUCAAAAUUCUGAUGUCUGGGUUGAAGUUUUGCAAGUCAUUCAGAACAUUUUACCUACACUAGGACAUGAAAGUACCACUAAAAUUCUAAGUGCUGUUUCUCCAUUAUAUAUUUCGGCUGAGUUGGAUAUGCGUUUGAGAAUCUGUGAUCUUCUUGAUGCUCUUGUAGCUUCCAAUACAUCUAUACUCCCAGUGGCAAAACUUCUCCGUCAGCUGAAUACAACAUCUACUUUGGGUUGGCUAGAUCAUGAUGCUAUUUUAGAUGCUUACAGAAUCAUUAAUAUUGAUUUCUUCGGAAGCGUUCAAGUCGAGCAAGCAUUACUUAUCUUAUCACAUUGUGUGCAUGACAUGUCAUCAGAAGAAACGACUUUUAUGUGUAGUGCGCAUAGUUCAUUACUGUCUUUUGUUGAUUUUUCUGCUCUCAUCCUUCACCAAGAAGAAAAUAGUGAAGAACAUAUCUCAGUGAUGAAAAACACUGAUAACUGUUGGACAAAAUCUUGCAUCCAGCGUGUGGCCAAGAAAUUUCUCUUGAAGCAUAUGGCAGAUGCGAUGGAUGGAUCACUUUCGGUUAUAAAGGGGUGGAUAAAAUUGUUACAUCAAAUGGUGUUGAAGCUUCCAGAAGUGUCAAACCUUAAAUCACUUAUGGUCUUGUGCAACGAAGAUGGUGAAGCAGUUUUUUUUGACAAUAUAAGUGACUCAGUGAUACGUAAGAGAGUUAAGGCAUUGUCAUGGUUUCAAAAUGUUGUCAGUGUGAACAAGCUUUCAGAGUUCAUCACUGAGAAAGUGUUCCUGCGACUCUUUUUCAACAUGUUGUUUGAUGAGAAAGAAGAAAAGGCAGAACAUAUGAAAAAUGCAUGCAUAGAGACCAUUGCUUCUGUAGCUGGUCAGAUGGGAUGGAAAUCAUACUAUACAUUAUUGAUCAGAUGUCUUCGAGGUGCAUCCAGUAAUCCAGAUAAACAGAAACUCUUUAUACGCCUAAUUUGCUGUAUUUUGGAUAAAUUUCACUUUUAUGAUAAACAACCGAAGGAACCUUUGGAUGUGGUUUCUGACAUGGAGAUGAGGGAUACUGAUGUGAACAAAGAGAUACAGGCAUGCCUAUAUAAAAUUGUGCUUCCAAAUAUACAAAAGUUACUGGAUUCUGAAUCUGAAAAGGUCAAUGUAAAUAUCAGUCUUGCUGCACUGAAGCUUCUUAAAUUACUUCCUGGAGAUGUGAUGGACUUGUAUCUUCCAACAAUUGUUCAUCGGAUAUCAAACUUCUUGAAGAGGCAUCUAGAAAGCAUCCGUGAUGAAGCUAGGUCUGCAUUGGCCACUUGUUUGAAAGAACUUGGAUUGGAAUACUUGCAGUUCAUUGUCAAGGUUUUGCAAUCUACCUUGAAGCGAGGAUAUGAACUUCAUGUCUUAGGAUACACACUUAAUUUUAUUUUGUCCAAGUGUCUUUCAACUCCAGUUGUUGGAAAGAUAGAUUACUGUUUGAAGGAUCUGCUUUCUGUAAUAGAGAAUGACAUUCUUGGAGAUGUUGCCGAUCAAAAAGAGGUGGAAAAGAUAGCUUCAAAAAUGAAAGAAACACGGAAGAAAAAGUCAUUUGAAAGCUUGAAAUUGGUGGCCCAAAAUAUAACAUUCAAAAGCUAUGCCCUGAAGCUUCUUGCACCAGUGACUUCUCAUUUGCAGAAGCACAUCACACCAAAUGUAAAAGGAAAAUUGGAAAAUAUGUUGAGUCAUAUAGCUACUGGUAUUGAAAGCAAUCCCUCUGUAGAUCAGACUGAUCUAUUUAUCUUCAUUUAUGGCAUUGUUGAAGAUGGAUUAAAAGACGAAAUUAGUUGGCAUGAAAAUAAGUUAUUGCUAUUGGAAGAUAAAGAUAGCCGUGUUAAAACAAAAAGAAUUUCUAAAGGCCCUGUUGUUGCUAAGGGCUUGUUGUGUUCACACCUUAUUACAGUGUUUGGUGUCAGAAUAUUUCAUAAACGUAUGAAGAGUUUGAAACAGGAUGUAAAAGAUGAAAAUACUUUAUCCUUAUUAGAUCCUUUUGUCAAGCUUUUAUGUGAUGGCUUGUCCUCGAAGUAUGAAGAUAUCCUGUCAACUUCCCUUGAAUGCCUUGCUAUACUUGUAAGGUUGCCUUUACCAUCCCUUCAACAACAUGCCGGGAGAUUAAAGGCUUCUCUGUUGGAUAUUGCCCAGGGUUCAGUCAGGUCUAGCAGUUCUUUAAUGCAGUCAUGUUUGAAGUUGCUGUCUGUGCUUUUGAGGAACACUAAAAUUUCUCUCACUUCAGAUCAAAUAAAUUCAUUAAUUCACCUUCCUAUAUUUCUCGAUAUUGAAAAAAAUCCAUCAUUGGUAGCCCUAUCACUUCUAAAGGGUAUUGUCAGCCGCAAGCUGGUGGUGCCUGAAAUAUAUGAUGUUGUUACUAGGGUUGCUGAAUUGAUGGUGACAAGUCAAAUUGAACCAAUCCGCAAAAGAUGCAGUAAAAUUCUGUUGCAAUUUCUGCUUGAUUAUAGACUUUCAGAGAAACGCUUGCAACAACAUAUGGAUUUCCUGCUCUUAAAUUUGAGUUAUGAGCAUUCAACUGGACGGGAAUCUAUUCUUGAAAUGAUUCAUACUAUUAUUGUCAAAUUUCCAACAAGUGUUUUGGAUGAACAAUCUUAUUCAAUAUUUGUCCGUUUGGUAUUGUGCUUAGCCAAUGAUAAUGAUUAUAUUGUUCGUGCUAUGGCUGGAAAUGCUAUAAAGAAGCUUGUUAGUUCUGUCAGUCCUAAUUCACUUAAUUCUAUUCUUGAUUAUGUUCUUUGUUGGUAUUUGGGAGGCAAGCAACAACUAUGCGGUGCAGCUGCCCAGGUUCUGGCGCUGCUAAUUGAAGUGAAAAAGAAAGGCUUUCGUGAACAUAUAAAUUCUAUCUUGCCUGUGACUAGACACAUCUUUAGGUCUGCCAUAGAUGCAGUUACCAACUGGCAAGAGGGCUUUUCAACCGAGUCUGUCAUUCCUCUAUGGAAUGAGGCUUACUAUUCUCUUGUUAUGUUUGAAAAGAUGAUCAACCAAUUCGGUGAUUUAUGCUUUGCAGAGUAUCUUGAGGAUAUAUGGGAAGCAAUAUGUGAAAUGCUGUUGCACCCACAUUCAUGGAUACGAAGCAUAUCAGUUCGCCUCAUAGCCCUCUACUUUUCGCAUGUAACAGAUGCUAGCAGAGAAAAUCAUGGAACCUCGUUAAGGAGUUAUUUUAUUAUGAGUCCAAGUAGACUAUUUCUAAUAGCUACUUCUCUUUGCUGCCAUUUAAAAAUGCCGGUCAUAAAUGAUUCUGACAGCAGCCUGAUGACCCAGAUUAUCAUCUUUGCUAUCUGUGGUGUCCAUUCUUUGAUGGGGCAAAGUGCAUGUAUAGAUCCCCCUGCUUUCUGGUCUACUCUUUCGCAACAAGAAAAGGAUCGAUUUCUUAAAGCAUUUGACUUACUUGAUUCAAGAAAAGGAAGAAGCAUGUUCAUGUCUUCAUCUACUGCUUCUAUAUUUGAACACAGCAAUCAGCUGAAUGUUGACAAUGCUCAACGUGCAUUAGUCACAUUAUUGCUCAGGAAAAUGGGAAAGAUUGCCCUUCAAAUGGAUGCUAUUCAGAUGGGAAUAGUCUUCAACAGUUUUGGGAAUAUUAUGGCACAGAUUAGUCAGGAUGACUGCCUACACUAUGCACACGUGAUCUUGUUACCUCUAUACAAAGUUUGUGAAGGAUUUGCUGGAAAAGUUGUAACUGAGAAUGUCAAGAAGUUGGCGGAAGACACGUGUAGGAAACUAGAGAAUAUUUUGGGAACUCACAACUUUGUGCAAGUUUACAACCUUACCAGGAAGAACCUUAUGUUGAAAAGAAACAAGAGGAGACAAGAAGAAAAGCAAAUGGCAGUGAUCAAUCCGAUGCGUAAUGCCAAACGAAAGUUGAAAAUUUCUGCCAAGAAUCGUGCUAACAAAAAGAGAAAGAUUAUGACAAUGAAAGAAGGAAAGCUCAUGGCGAUGCGUAAUGCCAAAGGGAAUUUUAGAAUUUCUGCUAACAAAAAGAGAAAGAAUUUAUAGAAUAAUUAGCUUAGCGGUGCCCAUUUUUGGAAAUUGCUUGUAGAGUAUCUCCAAAAUUUUGUACAUACGCACUCGAGGAUGAACAGAAAUACAUCAUUAUGGUAGAAUAUUCGUUUUGAUACUUUCUUGUUCCUUUCA